UCAAAAUGGCGCCCUGUCAAUGACAGUAAUGACACUAGUAAGCUGAAUAUUGUGGAUCUUUAAGUGCCAUCGUAUGUCCUCGACAAAAUGACACUGCUAAUUAGAGUAUCGAAACAAGGACAGAGGAAAGCUUUCCAUAAUCCCUUACUGUAUAGGUUUUUAUCGGAGAGCACGGAUUUACGAAAAGGCCCCGAGAGCAAAGAGGGCUGUAGUUGGUUGUACGGAUCGUCGCAGGAAAUUUUAUCCGUAGUGCGUGGGCAUGUUGAAGUUAGACAUAAUUUCAUCAGCGAGGAAGAGGAGAAUGCCCUUUUCAAAGAAGUGGAGACAGGACUUAGAAAAAAACGAUACGAGUUUGACCACUGGGACGACGCUAUUCAUGGCUACAGGGAAACAGAGCGGCUGCAGUGGGGACUUAAGUGUGAAAGUAUCCUAAAGCGGGUGAGAGAGGUAGCUUUUCCUGAAGGCAGUCCACUGCUUGGGCCAAUUCAUGUUCUGGACCUGGACAGAGAGGGCUAUAUCAAACCUCAUAUCGACAGUGUGAAGUUCUGUGGAAGCACUAUUGCAGGACUGAGCCUUUUGUCCGAUAGUGUGAUGCGAUUGGUCCCGGAAAACAAAUCCACAGACUGGGUGGACUUGCUUCUGAGUCGGCGCUCACUUUAUAUAUUAAAGGAUGACGCUCGAUUUAAAUUCACCCAUGAAAUCCUGAAAGAAGAAGAAUCCUUUUUCUCAGGACGGAAGGUACCACGGCAUCGCCGCAUCUCUGUCAUCUGCCGAAACCUGCCUGUUUAAAAGAACUGGACUGACCUUAGAACUCGUCUUCUAAAAGCUGUGACUUUUAUGAGAAUUGUUUAUCUUUCAGUUAAUCACACACACCAACACACACAAAGUAGCUAAAAACGUAUAAAUCACAUGCAUUUUCUUGGAAUACCUACAAAGAAACAACUGCUGAAAAACUUGAAAUGGUGUGUUGGAUUUAUGAAAGGCAAAGUUUUGACUGAUGCAAUGCAUAAUGUAAAAUAAGUCAGGGAAAAGAAUGUCUUUACAACAGGGGUGUCAAACUCAAUUCCUGUUUAGGAAGUUUAGAUUCAACCCGGCUAAAACACAUAUACUGUGUAAGUCUGAAGUACUUGAUUAGCUGGAUCAGGUGUGUUUAAAUAGGGUUGCAUCUCAACUUUGCAGGGCUACGGCCCUCCAGGAGUUUGACACCCCUGCUUUACAAUGUCUAUUAAUAAAUAUUUUUUUGCUAU